AUGGGGUUUGACAUGAAUUGCACAGCCCAGGAAAAUUUCCAUCUCCUAGCUUUCUCCAUCUCUAAGAGAUAUGAAAUAUGUCUCUCUAUUGGGCUUUUACUGACCUACCUAACUGCUGUGUUUGGAAAUAUGAUGAUUAUAGUGCUUGUGUGCCUGGUACCCCAACUGCACACCCCCAUGUACUUCUUCCUGUGCAACCUGGCAGCCCAGGACAUUCUCUUUGUCUCUGCCAUCCUACCUAAAUUGAUGGCCGUCACAUUUACAGGGGACAGCAGAAUCUCUUUCCCAAGCUGUAUAACUCAGAUGUUCCUAUUUGCAUUCUGCACAGACACAGAUUUUUUCCUACUGGCCACGAUGGCUUAUGAUCGCUAUGUGGCUAUUUGUAUCCCUCUCCGUUACUGCCUCAUCAUGAAGCCGAGGCUCUGCAUCCUGUUGGUGACAAUAUCAUGGAUCCUGUAUGCCUCUAAUGCAAUGUGCUUCUCUUUGCUUUUGUCUCAUUUAUCAUUCUAUAAUUCACAUAAACUGAACCAUUUCUUUUGUGAUAUUAAAAUUCUGAUGGAGAUCUCAUGCAGUGACACCUCCCUUAUAAAACAACUCAUUUUACUUGAAAUACCCUUUAUAGGGAUUCUUCCACUCAUGCUGAUCCUAACAUCAUAUGGAUACAUCAUAGUCACAAUUAUAAAGAUGCACACAUUAGCUGCUAAACUCAAGGCGUUUUCCAGCUGUUCCUCACAUUUAACAGUUGUACUGCUCUUCUGUGGCACCUCUAUUGGGAUAUACAUGAAGCCAGACUCUCAGGAUUCUCAGGAACAAAACAAGAUCCUUUCUUUGCUGUAUAUUGGUCUUGUUCCACUGUUAAACCCAUUGGUGUACAGCUUGAGAAACAGGCAGGUUUGGUCAGCUACAAAGAUAGUACUUGGCAAAUAUAUACUUGCAGCUCCUCUAUGCAACUUCUCUAGGUCUUUACAUGGUUGGGGUUCAUAA